AUGGUUAGGGCACAAUACGUUAUCAAAAACGAGCCAAUUCAGCUCAACACUUUUGAGGGAGAACAGGUGAAGGGGAUUUUUUCUUCACCUGUAGACUUGAGGAUAAACGUCGUUGGGAAAGAAGAAGACAAAGAAGCAAAAAAAAAACGAGAAGAAUACGACAACGAGGAAGAAGAACACGCUGAAGACGUCGGAAAAGAAUACGAUGAAGACGUCGGAGAAGAAUACGAUGAAGGCAUCGAAGAAGACGUCGAAAGAGAAGACGAAAAAAAAUACGAUGAAGACGUCGAAGAAGUAUGCUAUGAAGUCUUCGGAGAAGAAUACGAAAAAGAAAUGGAGCACGUUCAUUGUCAAUGUUAUACAAUCAGGUGCAACUGA